CCAUAACCACUUUGAUGUGCUGACAGAAUAUCAACAUCCUUAACCACUUUUCUAACGUAUGAUGCAUGUGCAUGAAGUAUACAUGGACACCUAUAAAAGAUAAAACCAGAAAGUUAAUCAAGGCACAGUUUCAAAGAAAAAUGGCUUCCAAUCCUGGCAUUCUGACUGAAUGGCCAUGGACACCUCUUGGAAACUUUAAGUACGUGGUGGCUGCUCCCUGGGCGAUACACAGCAUAUUCUCGUUCAUUGUUAAUGAGGGAGAAGACAGAGAUCUAUCUUACUUCCUCAUAUUUCCAUUCAUGUUGUUCAGGAUGCUGCACAACCAGUUAUGGAUCUCUCUUUCUCGAUAUAAAACAUCCAAAGGCAGCGGCCGGAUCAUCGACAAGGGUCUAGAGUUCGAACAAGUUGACAGAGAAAGAAACUGGCAGCAGGCACUUGACCGGAGGUCGAAACCUACCGAUGUGGAGAGGAGAUGGAUUCGUUAUAACAUUUCUGCUUCAUGCUGGUCCAGUGGAGUUUCUUUACUACUGGUUGCAUAGAGCUCUGCACCACCAUUACCUAUACUCUCGCUACCAUUCUCACCACCAUUCCUCCAUUGUCACUGAGCCAAUUACUUCUGUAAUUCACCCAUUUGGGGAGCACAUAGCAUAUUUCCUCCUUUUCGCAAUACCCUUGUACACAAUGGCGUUGACCGGAACAGGUUCAAUCAUAAGCUAUGCAGUUUAUGUUACUUACAUUGACUUAAUGAACAACAUGGGACACUGCAACUUCGAGCUCAUUCCAAAUUGGACCUUCUCUCUUUUUCCUCCUCUCAAGUAUUUCAUAUAUACCCCAUCGUACCACUCUUUGCAUCACACCCUAUUUCGAACCAAUUAUUGCCUCUUCAUGCCACUUUAUGAUUACAUUUAUGGCACCAUGGAAAAGACUAGUGAUGAACUCUAUGAAUCUUCACUCAAAAGAAAAGAUGAAGCUCCAGAUGUGUUGCAUCUAACCCAUCUUACAACACCCGACUCCAUCUAUCAACUUCCUUUGGGAUUUGCUUCCUUGGCCUCUGAGCCGCACACUUCAACAUGGUACAUGUGGUUGAUGUGGCCUGUUACAUUUUGGUCGAUGAUACUCACAUGGAUUUAUGGUCGCACAUUUGUGGUUGAGAGGCAGCGGUUUGAUAAACUCAAAUUACAAACUUGGGCGAUCCCAAAAUACAAUUUGCAAUACUUCUUGCCAUGGCAAAAUGAAGCUAUCAACAGUUUGAUUGAGGAAGCUAUACUUAAAGCAGAGGAAAAGGGUGUCAAAGUUGUAAGUUUGGGGCUCUUAAACCAGGGUGGGGAGCUGAAUAGAUAUGGUGGUCUAUAUACUCGGAGAUAUCCUCAGCUGAAAGUAAAGGUAGUGGAUGGAAGUAGCUUAGCUGUGGCUGUAAUCCUCAACAGCAUACCAAAAGAGACAACCCAAGUUGUUCUUACAGGCAACCUUACAAAGGUCGCUUAUGCAAUUGCAUUUGCUUUGGGCCAGAGGGGCAUUGAGGUAGCUACAUUAUACAAGGAUGAGUAUUUGAAGCUCACCAAAUCAGUAAGUGCUACUAAGAGUGAGGUGGUUCUUGCAAAAGGCUCUGGUUCAAAGAUUUGGUUAGUGGGAGAUGGAUUGAGAAAAGAUCAACUAAAUGCACCAAAAGGAACAAUGUUUGUUCCCUUCUCCCAAUUCCCCCUUAAAAAGUUGCGCAGGGACUGCUUCUACCACUGCACUCCAGCAAUGAAGAUCCCCCGAUCUCUUGAGAAUGUCUACUCGUGUGAGAACUGGUUGCCAAGAAGGGUGAUGAGCGCAUGGCGCAUAGCUGGAAUAGUGCAUGCCUUGGAAGGUUGGAAUGAACAUGAGUGUGGUUCCGCCAUGUCCGACAUCAACAAGGUUUGGGAAGCUACGCUUCGACAUGGCUUUCAGCCUCUAAUCCCCAAUGCUACUCCGAACAAAUAUUAAGUUGUGACCUCUUCAACAAUGCAUUACCUAUAUGCAAUCUCAUAUUUAAUUUGUUGCAAAUUAUGUGGAUUUAUGAGCCAUCAUUUAUUGUUUGGGUACUUAAAACAUUACCUUUAGAAAUACAGGCCCGUGGGUACUAUACUAGGGUUUGUUGUUCAAGGAUGAAGCUUUUCUGGAACUCAUAUAUAUGAAUAAAUAAUUAUUUUAGAAAA